AUGAAACAUGCUUGGAAAGCAUAUCGAACAUAUGCAUGGGGUUAUGAUGAAUUACAAACAAUAUCUAAAAGUUCAUCAACAUGGUUUGGUCUUGGUUUAACUAUUAUUGAUGGAAUUGAUACAUUAUAUAUUAUGAAUAUGACUGAAGAAUAUAAUGAAGCACGUGAAUGGAUUGAAAAAUCGUUUAAUAUUGAUUCAGAUGCUGUUGACAAAUAUAAUUCACAUUUUGAAGUAACAAUACGAAUUUUAGGUGGUCUUCUUAGUAUUUAUCACUUAACAGCUGAUGAAAUGUUUUUAAAACGAGCUAUUGAAUUAGGUGAUCGACUUUUGUUAAAUUUCGAUACACCAUCAAGUUUACCUUUAGCAGAAAUAAAUAUUAAACGAAAAAUAGCUAGUGCUUAUGGGUGGACUUCAAAUUCAGCAACAGCUGAAGUCGGUACUGUUCAACUUGAAAUGCGAGAUUUAUCACGAGUAACUGGUGACAGACUAUAUGAGAAUGUAGCUGAUAAAUCAGCAGCAACACUUCAUAGUCAAUCGAAAAAAGAUGGUCUUGUACCGAUAUUUAUUAAUCCUUUAACAGGGCGAUUUUCUAGUGGUGUAAUAUCAUUUGGUGCACGUGGAGAUUCAUAUUAUGAAUAUUUACUUAAACAAUGGUUACAAACAGGACAAAAACGAUCUGUGUAA